UUCAAUCACCGAGUAGUUGGCAUCGACUAAGCAAGUGCAUCGGUCUACUGAGAGCUUAAGCGUUACCUGUGGAGUAUUCGAGUUUAUUUCGCUGUCAGAUGCAUUUCCUGGCCUACGUGAUUAUAACGAUUCAGCUGUUCGGUGGACUGCAUGGCCAGAAGUUGCCUGCCAAGGUGAAAAAAUGUCACUACGGUGACGGAAAGUGCCUGGUGGAGUCGGCAAAUGCACUUCUGAAAGAUUUUCCAAAAGGCAUUCCCGAGAUCGAUCUGAAACCCUUCAAUGUGCUGCCCGUGAGGGAUUGGGUGCUGGUCAACGAUUCACAGGUGGGCGGUGCCUGGUACUACUUCAAUCUGAUCAAUCAGAUCAACUACGGCUUCGAGAACACCACGAUCACGGAGAUCAGGGGAUUCGACAAGGAUCCCACCACUACCAAGAUCGAAAUUCACGGGAAGAUUCCCCGACUCGUUUACAAGGGCGACUAUGUGGCCAAGGGUCGGAUGCUCUGGUUCGUCGAUAUCCACUCUCAGGGAACGUCGGAGUCGGAUUUCCUCAAUUUUCAGUUCGUUCUUACGCUGAAAGUGCGCGUCGAGUACAGAAACAACAAGAGAUAUUUGAAGAUCUACGAGCUAGUUCCUAAUAUAAGGCUGGACCGCUGGAUAAUGUGGCUAGACAACUUCUUUCCCCACAAUGAAGACCUGACCAUUGCAGUUAACAAUCUGUUCAACCGGAAUUGGGUCGAGUUCUGGAACGAACUGGAGCCGGGUAUUCUGCGUUUGUUCGAAACCGUCUUUUUAAGUCUAUUUGAGGAUUUAUUCGAAAAAGUACCAUACGAUAAUCUGUUCCUAGCCGAUGAAGACUCAAAAUAAUCUUAAGUUUCAAUACUGUUUACUUAAACGUAUUUGCUAGUAAAAAUAAAGUAGGAUAUUCGUAAAUGUUGUGCUAAGAGCACCAUAUUAUA